UUGAUUAUCCCCUAUAUGGCUAUUUGUUUUCUGUCGCGCUUCAAAGCAUCGCAUCUGUGUUCCACUUUUACUUGGUAGUCGUCCUUCACUACCUUGUCCUCUCUCUCUCUCUCUCUCUCUCUCUCUCUAAACACUAUCUACUUUCUAGUGUUUACAACCAUGUCAGCUUCUUCUUCUUCUUCUUCUUCUUCUUCUUCUUCUUCUUCUUCUCAUCUACUGUCUUUAUACACUGGUUUAUUCAUCCUUCUUGCACUGAUAUUACCCACCUCAGAGUCUUCAGAGACUUCAGAGACUUCAACACCUACAAAGUCAGGAAACAGAGCACACAAUAACCCAACUCAACUCUCCGUAGAGUACUACAGUAAGACCUGCCCACAGCUAGAACAGCUCGUCGCAUCGGCCACUUCUCAACAAUUCCAUCUAUCACCCAUCUCUGCUCCUGCAACCAUCCGUCUCUUCUUCCACGACUGCUUUGUCCAUGGCUGUGAUGCUUCAAUUCUGAUAUCAGCGCAGCCUGGAACCUCAGCAUUGGCAGAGAAGGAUGCGCAUGAUAACAAGAACCUGGCAAGGGAGGCGUUCGAUAGCAUAAAGAAAGCCAAGGCCUUAGUCGAAAACAAGUGCCCGGGGGCCGUCUCCUGCGCCGAUAUUCUCGCCAUCGCAGCAAGAGAUUUCGUUCACUUGGCCGGAGGUCCUUACUAUCAGGUGAAGAAAGGCAGGUGGGACGGCCUGAUCUCAAUGGCAUCAACGGUGAACUCCAAUAUCCCACGUGCCAAUUCCACAGUGGACGAACUCCUUAAGCUUUUUGCCUCCAAAGGACUCAGCCUAGAAGACCUGGUAGUGCUUUCAGGUGCCCACACCAUUGGCUUUGCCCACUGUGAACAUUUUGUUAAUCGGCUCUACAACUUUAAGGGUACAAAUAAACCAGACCCAUCAAUCGACCCGAGGCUUCUCAAGUCCCUACGUAUGUCAUGUCCGGUUGUUGGCGGCAACACUGACAUUGUGGCACCGUUUGAUGUUAUGACACCCUUUGCAUUCGACCAUGUGUAUUACAAGAAUUUGCAGACUAAGAUGGGAUUGCUGGCUACGGAUCAAGCAUUGUUCUUGGAUUCGAGGACCCGACCGGUUGUUGAGUCAUUUGGGAAAGAUAAGCAAAAGUUCUUUCAAGCAUUUUCGGAAGCCAUGGAAAAGAUGGGUUCAAUAGGAGUGAAGAGGGGAAGGAAGCAUGGGGAGAUUAGGAGAGACUGUGAUAGGCAUGUGUGAUGGGGUUAAUGUUCAUACUUGGUCCUCUUUAUUUUGUGUGUGUUCUUGAGUCUGUGUUUGAGUGAGGGGGUGGGUCUUUGUUCUAGGUGGUGAAAUUGUUUGGUUAUUUUUCAUUUGCGAUACAGCCAUUUUAAGUAUGAGAAUGAUGGAUAAAUGAGAGUUUUGCGCAAAUAUGAAUUAUGAAGAGGAAUUUGUUUUAUU